ACAACUUCCUUAGAUUCUUGCUGAAAAAUUCGUCGAUUUCGCACAUAUUCCACCAAAAAUACACCAUUAGACUAUAUAUUCCACUUGUCUUAAUAUUGUGCAUAAUAAUUCGAUAAUCAAUAUUGAUGGCUCAGAUCCGUUCGUGGAUUGUUCAAACGAGGAAGAGGGUGAGGCAUUGAUUGCCGCUUCAACCUUCAAGCUGUGAGCCGGUGACCGUUAAGACAGCCGGAGCACAAAAUCCGAUGACGCACACAGGCGUCGCGUGCCUCCAUUGAUUAGCUCACCGACCCACCACCAAAGCAGCAGGCAACAAGUGGUGAGCGCCGUGCUCCGAUCCAGCGGGCAGCGGCGGCGCAGACACAGCCAGGCCAAGGCCCCGCGCCAGUAAACCACCCGCCACCAACAAAGGACACCCGCCGCGGCGAGCGGGAGAGAAGCAGCAAGCCACCAUGGCCGCCAGGGUGCGCCCGCUCCUCGCCGUCGCCGCCGUGCUCCUCCUCCUCUGCUGCUGCUGCUGCUGCUACGGCGGCGCGGCGGCGGACGCGGUGGCCGAGUCGUGCGACGCGAUCCGCGACUUCGUGGACGUCUCCUUCUGCGCGUCGCGGCUGCGGUCCGUGCCGGGCGCGGCCGCCGCGGACCGGCACGGUCACCUGCUCAUGGCCGCGGACCUGGCGGCCGCGAGCGGGGCCUCGGCGCGGGACGCCGCGGCGGCGAUGGCGCGCGGAGCCGAGGGGCCCGGCGGCGGCGGCGGCCCGGCCGCGCGGGACGCGCUGGAGGCGUGUGGGAUCCUGUACGGGGCGGCGUCGGUGCCCGCGCUGCGGCUCCUGCGCGGGUACGCGGCGGCGCGGAGCUGGGGCGCCGCGCGCGCGCUGCUGCCGCUGACCGGGCAGGCCGGGAUCGGGUGCGACGCCGCGCUCGCCGGCGCGGGGUCCGCGGCGGCCGCGGCCGGGAUGGCCGGAGCCAACCGCGAGUUCGACCAGCUCUCCACCAUGGCCACCGCGCUGCUCAACAAGGUCAGCUAGGCUAGGUAGGUGGCCGGGCCAGCGGCUCGCCGCGGCGCUGGCGCUGUGCUGUGGCAACUGCCAUGGCUGUUUUCUUCCGGUGUGUUGUGUCGUGUGGCAUGGCUGGCUGGAUUUGGAGGAACGGAUCAAUGUACCCAACCACUAAUUCACUGUGUUCUUGUUGCAUCGUAGUACAUUGGGCCCUGCCGCUGUUGGGGCUCGCCCUCCAUGGCAUGGCAUUCUUUGUGCAGUCUGAACAUUGCUUGAACUGUGAACUCUUCGCUGUUACAGCCA